AUGUUCGCAUUGUUAUGGAUCUUGGCCUUUAGCCAACUUCUUUGGAGUUGGCCCGCUGAGAGUGCUGCCAUUGAUGGACCAAAGCAUCAGAUCUUCAAGCAAGAACUGGAUGGCUCCUAUUUCUUCUUGUACGAGUCGCCCAAUGGCAGUUAUCGCGAAGAGGUCGGAAUAGUCAAGGACCCGCAACUGAAAGAAUUGGACGGUGAUCUGGAGGUGUCCGGCAUAUAUAGCUAUGUCGACAGCCAAAGUGGCCAAAAGGUGGAAGUCAGCUACUCGGCAGACGGCGACAAUGGUUUCUUGUCUCGAGUCAAGUAUAAUGUAGAAGCCAGUUGA